AUGCCCACUCCGCCAUUUCUUCCUCUUCUUUCUCAGAAUACUCUACAUGAUCUAGAGCGUCCACUUGCGCAUCUAGGUCCUGCUUUUGUCUCCCACCAAGACCUGGACAUUUUCUCCAAUGCCCAUACCGCUUUCGAUAGCAUAAACGACACGACCAUUGCACUCAGAUGCAGAGAAUUCUAUGUUGUGGCAAACAAUGUUGCCGGAAUAAGUCUCGAGCAAAUUCAGGCUCUCCUCGACAGUGGCGCUCGUAAACUCGUCCUCCCUGCCUCGCCCGUCCUUCUCUCAAAGUGCUCUGCUGCGGGUAUCGACAAAAGUCGUCUCAUUGCACAUCUCGAUCUCGUCAAUGCUGCCGUCGCCCUCAGCGUCACUGAUACUCUUCGCAACGCCGUCAGCGGAGUCUACGUCCGUACAAAUACUAUCGAUUAUACACUCGUAGAAACUAUACGUGGGUUGUUCCCGUCGAGGACACAUGACCUCUACCUCUCCCCCAUUUCCUCUUUCGAGGUCCCGCUCUCCAUGGAAGCUGCCAGUAGUGAGGGUGAGAUUGGGAGAGCCAUUCGCACACUGGUUCACUCCCACAGAACGACGCUCGUCGUUCCCUCGACAGCCUUACCCACGCCCCAGGUCAUUGCAUCGCUCUUCGUCUCCGCUCUUACGACCGACCGACCAGACGGGCUCUAUCCCACCGUCGUGAGCUCCUAUCACGGAAACCAUUCCCUAGGGCUCGUGUACUCGUCAGCCUCCUCUAUCGCCGCCGCACUUGCCUCUUCCCGUGGGGUCUAUUGGUCCCGCUCUCGGAAUGCCCUCUGGCAAAAAGGAGACACGUCUGGUGCGACCCAGGAACUCGUCCAUAUCAGACAAGACUGCGACGGCGAUGCGCUCGAGUUUGUCGUCGACCAGGUCGAGCCUGGGUUUUGCCAUUUGGACACACCCUCGUGCUUCACUUCGCCUUCUUCCCCACUCGCUACCUCGAUCCAUGGCGGUCUAUCUGGUCUCGAACGCACACUCAUCUCCCGAUUGUCAUCGGCACCAGAAGGGUCAUACACGAGGAGAUUGAUGGCGGAUGAAGACUUGUUGCAGAAAAAGAUUAAAGAAGAGGCGGAUGAGUUGUGUGCUGCGACGACAAAGGACGACAUUGCCUUUGAAGCUGCAGACUUGCUCUAUUUCGCAAUGGUCAUGUGCCUGAAGAAUGGCGUCAGGCUGGCAGACGUCGAACGUGCUCUCGACAAAAAGGCGACAAGGUUACCAGACGAAAGGGGGAUGCCAAGCCCGGAUAUACCGCUUCGACCAAGCGCUGUUCUGAAUGGCAUCGCGUCGAAGACAAACGGUGUAGAAGCCCCGUCCACCUUGAAUGGAUAUCAGAAUGGGGAAGCGGAAAAAAUUAAGAUGACAACAUACACACUCUCUGCGUUGUCUCCACCAGAGCAGGCUGCUCUACUCCGUCGACCGGUCCUCAAAUCGGGCGACAUGAUCGCCAAGGUCCAACCCAUCGUCGAACGCGUGCGCAAGGAAGGAGACGAAGCUCUCAAAGCGCUCACGAAGCAGUUUGACAAGGCUGAGUUGGAUGAAGUUGUCAUUCGUCCACCAUUCUUCGCUCCAGAGUCUGGUAACGGUCAAUAUCACUGUUUAGACGGCACGACGCGCAUUCCUCUAUCCCAACAAGUCAAGGAGGCAAUGGACGUCGCGUAUCAAAAUAUCAAAAAGUUCCAUACCGCUCAGCUCUCCGCCUCUCUCACGGUCGAGACGUCGCCCGGCGUAAUUUGUACGCGAGUAGCCAAGCCGAUCAACAAAGUUGGGUUGUACAUUCCAGGAGGUACGGCAGUUUUACCGUCAACGGCCUUGAUGCUCGGCGUACCCGCCCAAGUCGCGGGGUGUAAAGAGGUUGUAUUCGCGACGCCUCCACAACGCUCGUCUCUCACGACGAGUGGGAACGCGACAGUCUCGCCCGAGGUACUCUACGCCGCGCAUCUCGUCGGCUGUGGGAGCGCUCGCGUAUGGGACGCAGACGGUGCCAAAGUUGACAAAAUCUUUGGACCGGGAAAUCAAUGGGUCACAGCGGCCAAGAUGCUCGUGCAGAAUGACGAUGCAGCACUGGUGGGCAUCGACAUGCCCGCGGGACCUUCCGAGGUAUUGGUCAUAGCCGACUCAACUUCGGACCCAGCCUUUGUCGCAGCAGACCUACUCUCGCAAGCCGAACACGGGGUGGAUUCGCAAGUCGUCCUCGUUGGAGUCACGCUAUCCUCCACCUCGUUGCAGGCGAUCGAAGCAGAAUCUAUUGCAAAGUCCAUUACAGUGAUCGUAGAGAGUCUGGAUGAGGCGCUGGCGUUUUCUAAUCGGUACGCUCCCGAGCACUUGAUCGUCAAUGUGCCUGGCAUCGAGGGGACAAAGGUGCACGAGGUGAUGGCGAAAGUGGAGAAUGCGGGCAGUGUCUUUUUCGGGCCAUACACCCCUGAGAGUUGCGGUGACUAUGCUUCGGGUACGAACCAUACUCUGCCCACCAACGGCUACGCGCGCCAGUACAGCGGCGUUAACACGGCAUCGUUCCAAAAGCACAUUACAUCACAAGAGAUUUCGCCAGACGGCCUCAAGGUGCUCGGUCCCGUUGUCGUUACCCUCGCUGAAUGCGAGGGCCUCGAGGCGCACGCCAACGCCGUUCGCGUCCGUUUACAGGCGCUCCACGCCUAG